UGCCCGGGAUCGUAUAAAAGUAGACCCAUCGUAUGCCCUGCUCAUCAGACGUAAGGAUCUGUUCUGACCAACAACGUGACCAAUUCUCGGUGUGUUAAGCGAUUGCAAUUGUUCAACAUGAAGUGUUUAGUUCUGGUAACUCUGUUAGCCACAGGAACCUUCGCUUUUUUCACCGCGGAACAGCACGAAGUGGCAAAGAAGUUGUCCAACACCUGUAAGGGUGAAAUCGGAGAUGGUUUACCGGAAAACAUCGGUGAUCGGUUCCGCGAGGGCGAUCUUACAUUGACAGAUGCCAAAUCUAAAUGUUUCAUGAAGUGUGUCUUCUCCAAGGUAGGCUUCAUCGAUGACGCUGGAACAGUCAACAAAACCGCUCUUGUGGAUAAGCUAUCCCGAGGGAACACUAAAGAAAAGGCGGAAGCUUUCGCCGAGCAGUGCAGCAUGUUCGAAGGUGCGGAUGGGUGCGAGAAAGCUCUUGGGCUCUAUGAGUGCUACCACAAAAAUAAGGCCACCUAUUUCUAGUGCUGGAGAAGAAUGAGAACGAGAACGUCUGCAAUUGUUUAUUCGGUUUUAUUCAUGUUGUUUACCGCGUUAUAAGUUUUGAAUAAAGUUUUGAGUGCAACAUUA